UAAGAAUUGGUGUCAUGAACUGAUAUAUAUAUAUUAUGACUAUUAAGGUAAAUACAUUGUUUGUUCUCUAUUAAAAUUUUUCAUUUGCUAACUGUGCCUAUCAGUAGUUAGUGACUUCCGUAGUUUGAAUCUUUUAGUUAGCUGGCAGUAGUGGCGCUCGCUGUAUUGCAGUAGUUCGAGUAACGAAGAUUUUUGUGAGGUAAGUGAUUUGUGAAACAUAUAGGUUAAUGUUAGUCAGGGCCAUUCUCUUGUAGGGAUUAUUGAAAGUCAGAUUGCGUUGCGCUAAAAACUAUUGUGUGUCAGUUUAAGCACAGUCGUGUAUAAUUUUUCUAAGGGGACGUUUCAUAUGUCGACCCUUAGCCGAGGAUACCUCACUGGAAUUUUCUGAUUUUUUUCUUGUAGUUUGUGUAAUUAGUGUAGCUUUUGUUUAUUGCUAGCGCGUAAUCAUAGAGAGAAUUUCCUUUGUAUUUGCAGUCUUUCAUUUUUGUACAGUAAAACCGUUUUGGCAUGCAUGUAGUUUUUGCACGAAGUAUUUCGCAGCUGCGCUUGCAGUUAACUAGUUAUUAUUUUCAGUGCUAUGUUAAUGUGUUUUCUUAUUUUGCUCUUCAAAUUGUGCUUUUCUGUGUUGUCGUGUGAAAUAAUAAUGGCGUGUGAAAAACGUAAUACUAGGCUCCAAAGUAAACUGAGAAAUGACAGUGAAGACGAAAGCAGUGUGUUAGCGCCACCAUGUAAUGAAUUAACUAAUGUUCAAAGUAGUAAUUUGGUAAUUGUACAUAGGGAAAUGGAGCGGGCUGCAAACAAUGGUGUAGACAGUGAAACAAUUAGUGAACAGGGAAGCAUUAUCGAUCGAUCGGUUGGCAACCGCUCGCCUCAGGAGUCCGGAAUGACAGGACACAUUCUUGCAAAUACUGUAGAUUCAGGUUUUGCGUCCUCACCGUUUUCUCAAAUAAGUCAAGACACAUUUUCUGUUUUUCAAACUGCGAAUAUUGUCGGUUCAAAUACAUUGCCAAUUAGCACUAAGGAACAUGUUUCAGACACCAGUGCACUGUUAUUACAAUUAAUGCAACAAAUGGGACAAAAGCUUCAAAAGUUAGACACAAUGGAACAAAAUCAGAGACAAACACAGCAAAAGCUUCAAAAGUUAGACACAAUGGAACAAAAUCUUCGGAAGUUAGACACCACACUUGAACAAACACGUGAAGAUUUAACUACUGAGUUACAUAACAUUGAAUCGAAAUGUCAAAAAAUCUGUAAUGACGUAAAAACACAAGUUUGUGAGCAUUUUCAACCUAUUUUUUCGCGGCAUGAAAACGCAUUACAGAAUCAUGAAGCAGCCAUAAAAGAAUUGCAAACUGUUUUUCGUGAAAAUCACGACACCUUGCAAGCUAAAAUGGACUCAGUUGCAUCCACCGAUUCGGUUAUGCAACUUGCAAGAACUCAGGAAAACUUAAAGGACACAGUAGAUUCGAUUUCAACACAAAUGGACACUCUGAAACUUGGUUCAGAAAAACACACUGAGGAAAUGUGUUCACUAUCGGAGAAAGUAGCCGAACUUUCGGAUCAGUUCACUAAUUUAUCUACGAAGGUAGAUGAUAAUCUGAAUGACACGAAACCGGUAGUCUUUAAUGACACAGAAGAGUGCAAACAAAUUAGGAAAUUCAAACAAAGUCUGAAUCAAAUUAGUACGCAACACCAAAGAGAAAUCCGGGAAGUACAAGAUCAGCUGACACAGGUAAUACAACGAUUACGUAUUUCAGAGGACACUCGCGCUCCAAUACGGGAAGAGGGACAUAGAAAUACGGAACAGCCACAAAAUAAUAACACAGGGCACUUCGGAAAUUAUGAAAGAAAUUGGCAAGGUACACCGAAUUUUGAGAUGGAACCGCUGAAACGACGUAACAAUGACCGACAUGCGACUCGCCGACAUGAUGAUUUUGACCAUAAGCUGUUCAUUACUACACGCAAAUUCAAAACAUUUAAGAAUUCUGGCAACGACAUUCAUCCACAAGCGUGGCUUCAUCAAUUCUCUCAUUGUUUUCCUCCCAACUGGUCAUUAGAACACAGAUUAGAAUUUAUGUGUGGCUACUUGGAGAAUGAACCAGCUGUAAGAAUGCGAUCGGUCAUUCACGAUUGUCACAGUGAAGGAGAAUUUUAUCAUGCUUUCCUCUCAGCAUAUUGGUCUCAAGCUACACAAGACCGAGUAAAACAUAGCAUAAUGAUGAUGAAACACUUUGAACAAUCUGAAUUUUCCAGUCUUGUCAAAUAUUUUGAAGACAUGUUGCAUAAGAACCAAUAUCUUUCAAACCCAUAUAGCCCUUCAGAACUCAUCCGCAUUUGCAUAAUGAAAUUUCCUGAACAUUUAAGGAAUAUUAUUUUGGCAGGACGCUGCAAAGACGACAUUGAAGCUUUUCAGGGCGGCAACCGGCAACCCUUCCCGAUAUUUAAUUUGCGGACCGGAGCCCGUGAUUACUGUCAUCGAGACGCGGGCCGCGCGGGCAGUAAUUGGCUGCCAUUGACGGCGGCCAUCACGCAGCUGUCGGGAACCGGACGCCGGCGCGUUGUUUGCGCCAUUGUGUGGCACUGCGCGCGUGGGCGCUCAGCGCCGCCGAGGUUUCGUGGCUGUCUGUCUCCGCCCCCGAACUCCACCCCCGCCCCCACCCGCGCAACUGUCUGGCUGGCUGUCGGCUUGUUUGGCAAUCUGUCGCGCCCGCGUCACUCACCCGCGGACGGCAAUCGGAGCUAUUUUCGUUUCUCUACGCCCCCUCCCCCUUCCCUGCUGUCCGGGGGAAGAUAA